CAGCAGCCAUGGCGCCCAGAUACAACAACAAAACCAAGGGCUCCGACCUUGCCGCCGAGCUCGCGGACAACAUCAAGGGCAAGACCGUACUUGUCACGGGUGCCUCGCCUGGAGGCAUCGGUGCCUUGUACGCGAAGGCGAUCGCCCGCGCCUCGCCAGCUCAGAUCAUCCUGACUGGUCGGACAACCGCGUCGAUCGAGGCGACCGCCAAGUGGGUAGCAGAAGCCAACUCGGCGGUCAAGACAACCAUGAUCGAGAUGAGCCUGGACUCUCUCUCCAGUGUGCGCGGCGCGGCCCGUGAGGUGAUGGACAGUGCCGAGGUGUCUCAUAUCGACGUUCUAGUCCUCAACGCGGGCAUCAUGGCAGUUCCUUACGGCAAGACCAAGGACGGAUUCGAGAUGCAGUUUGGCGUCAACCAUCUCGGCCAUUUUGUCUUUGCCAACUUGGUCAUGCCCAAAGUCCUUGAGGCUGCUUUCUCCCCGGGUAGUAGUCAUGUCGGGUUCCAGGACGGCAAGGUCUAUGAAAAGUGGUCGGCCUACGGCCAGUCCAAGACUGGAAACAACCUCUUCGCCCUCUCUCUAGCCACUAAACUGGGCAGCAGAGGCCUACAAGCUUUCUCGCUUCACCCGGGCGUUUACAUGAGCAAUCUGACCCGGGAUGUGGAUUUUUCUGAAGGAGGGGAUGGUCCUACAUCGCUACGCCAGGCGGAUGAGAGACUGGGCAACCCCCUCUCCCUGCCCAACUCCCAGUUCGACUUCUGCGACGAAGAGACGAUUGUGGCAACACACAUCUUCACGUCCUUCAGCGACGAUAUACGCCCCUUUAACGGACAGCACUUUACGGCGUGCAAUGUGGCCCAGCAGGACCGCGACGAGGUCUGGCCGUGGGCAAACAACGCCGUCGAGGCGGAGAGGCUGUGGCGGCUGAGCGAGGACAUGGUUGGGGAAAGAUUUGCGUACUGAGUGCCACCGUUCUGGCCAGUCACAACUUCUGGGUGACAAGC